CAGACGACUGGGGUCAGGGUGGAGAAGGCAGACUCGUGAGGAACCCAUAAAGGCGGUGGCUCGUGAAGGACGGAGGCGGUGUUUAUGGUAGAAAAAAAAGAGCUUUCGGCGUCUUUCUUGAUUACUCCAUGGUGGAACGUGCAGGAUAUCGAUCGGCGAGUGAUACCUUUUUGCCCUCGUCCGGCUUUGCGCCCUUAUUAACUCGACUCACCUUCCUCGUCUUUUAUCGGACGCCAUCGUUAUUCUGCAUUGGCCUUUUCCCAUCUUGGUCACCAAUGCCCGACAGGGAGACCAUCAUACAACCGGUCCUUACCUACCCACCCGUCAAGCUCUGUACUCGGAAACUCCCGACCCGCCCCGAUCAGGUCCCUCUAAAAGAGCCCCAGCCGUGACUCUUGGCUUUUCGGAUAGGGAAGCCUCAAUUUGACCGUUGAGGGGGUGGGCACCCAUCUCACCCGCAGCUUUCGUUGAUCCACCCGGGCGCUAUUGCCAAGCCGGCAGACGACGCCAUGCCGGCGGCUAGUGGUGACGGGGGCCACAGCGGCCCCGAUCCCAAGCGGCCGGGGUCUGACCCCCACCUCGCAGCUCCAGCCCAAGUAGCCCCAGGGACUGGGGGGACGCCUCUCGGCAACCAGGGCAGCGGCGCCAUAACGGCUUCGAUAGCUCCGGCCUCGCCUCGGGCCGCCGCGCCAGAGGAGGCGCCGGCAGCAUCAGCAGCAACAACACCAUCACACCCUCCAGCGGCGGCCACGGCGGACGAUGACGUCGCGCACACCGAGUCGGCGUACUCGACGUCGUCGUCGGCGGCGGCGAGCCGGCGGCACUCGGCGGCAGGCAGCAGCGGCAUGUCGAGGAUAACGACGAACGCGUCCAUGGGGCCCGACGCGGUGGCCGAGGCGGAGCCGUACAGCUCGUUCGUCGAGGUGCCCGACUCGGUCUACGACCGCUUCACGCCGGGCCGCAAGCUCGUCGUCGUUGCCGUGCUCUCCUUCUGCUCCUUCCUGGCUCCCAUCUCCAGCACAGCGGUGCUCUCGGCCGUGCCCGAGGUCGCGGCCGAGUUCGGCACGACGGGGACCGUCAUAAACAUCAGCAAUGCCUUUUACAUGUUCUUCAUGGGAGUGUCUCCGAUGUUCUGGGGACCGCUAAGCCAGGUUUAUGGGAGAAGGAUUGUAAAUCUCGUAACUGCUGUCCUCUUCACAGCCUGCAGCAUCGGCACAGUGUUUGCAACCUCGCUGGAGGCCUUCAUCGUCUUCCGGUUACUGACCGCCUUCGAGGGCACCUCGUUCAUCCUCGUCGGCUCGGCCGUCAUCGGCGACCUGUACCGGCCGACGGAGCGGGCCACGGCCCUGAGCUGGUUCCUGUCGGGGACGCUCAUCGGCCCCGCGCUGGGCCCCUUCCUGGCCGGCAUCAUCGUGACGUACCAGUCGUGGCGCGUCAUCUUCUGGAUGCAGACGGGCCUGGGCGCGCUCGCCCUGGUGGGCGUCGUCUUCCUCCUGCCCGAGACGGCGCACCGGCUCAAGAAGGACGACCUGGUCGGCAUGCCGCGCCGCCGCAAGGCGCGGGUUCUCUGCUCCAUGAUCAGCCCGCUCCGCGUCGUCAAGCUGUUCGCGUACCCGAAUCUCACGCUCACGGGCUUGGCGUCGGCGGGGCUGCUGUUCAACAUGUACAGCCUCCUGACGCCCAUCCGCUACGUCAUCAACCCGCGCUUCAACCUCACGACGCCCAUGCAGUCGGGCUUCUUCUACCUCGCCCCCGGCUGCGGCUACCUGGUGGGCAGCCUCUUUGGCGGGCAAUACGCUGACUACACGGUCAAGAGGUGGAUGGCCAAGCGAGGGGGCAGGCGCGUCCCCGAGGACCGGCUGCGGUCGGCCGUCGUCUUCAUUGGCGUCGUCGUGCCGGCCUGCACGCUCACAUACGGCUGGGGCCUGGAGCGGGACGUGGGCGGGGUGCCGCUGGCGGUCGUGACGCUCUUCGUGCAGGCCGUGGCGCAGCUGUUCGGGUUCCCGAGCCUCAACACGUACUGCCUCGACGUGAUGCAGCCGCGCGCGGCCGAGGUGGUGGCGGGCAACUACAUGAUACGCUACAUGUUUGCGUGCCUGGGCACGGCCGUGGUGCUCCCCGCCGUCGGCGCCGUCGGCGUCGGCUGGUUCUGCACCAUCAGCUCCGCCUUCCUGGUGCUCUCGACCCUCGGCCUCUGCGCCACCAUCAGGUGGGGCGAGGGCUGGAGGGACGCGCGGGACCAGAGGAGGCGCGCCAGGCGCGCCGAGCGGCGGCGCAGGGCCAGGGAGGUCGAGGGCGGCGAGGCUGGCGGCGAGGCCAAGGGCGCGCGGGGGUGAGGUGGGCGGAUGGGGGAAGGCUGGGAUAGAGGGAGAUUACACUUAAUGGGGGGCCCGAGCUUGGUGUGGUUAUUCGCUGGCCGUUGUAGUAGCCAAAACAUGGAUACGGUGUAGACAGCGUUUUCUCUAAUAUUUUAAUCUGUCAUACCUUAUGAACGUCUGGUCUCUGGAAGAAGUCGGGCCAACUGUGGC